AAGAGAGGCGGGCGAAACGGCGGUUUGUUUUGGUUAGCUCUCUCGGCUACAUUCUGAAUCUACUUUGAAUAUUUCAAAGGUGUCGUUAAUGGUGGCGCUAAUCCUGGCGUUUCUUUAGAUUUCAAUUUAUUGUUGCACAUGGUGGUCAAAUACAUGACUCUUUACUUAGUUGGGAGCACUGUCGGAAAAGAACAUUGUACGUUAGCAACUGUCAAAUGUUCGAAGUUACACACCACCGCCUUUUAAUGUGACUACAUGGAGGAUUUCGAGAAGUUUGUACAUUCUCGCCUGAACCACCUGAGGAUGAGUAAGGAGAACUCCAACCCAUCGCCAAGGCCCUCUGUUAUCCGCUUCCAUGGAAGGGCGAUACUACCACCGCUGCUCUCGGAUGAGCAGCGGGAGGAGAUGAAGCAGCACAGAGACGCUGCACUGAAGACUGGUAUCCACAGAACAAUUAAAGAGAAGCAAAUAAAAGCUUUUGUGCAAAAUGUUCUGGACACCGUGCAGCUAAGAAAUUCACCGUCCUUGGACAACUUUCUUCAGGAACUGAACUUGGGCAACAGCGCUUUGUCUCACAACACUACUGAUGAAUCGUUGAUGAACAAGAAUCUGCCUUCUACGAUUCAUGGGAAAGAAGGUGCCUCUCAGUUGUCAUCCACAUCUAGUGCCUUAUUUGCCACAAGUGUGAGUUCUCAAAACGACAAUGAAGUCCUUAGAAAGCACCCUGAUGGCCAACAAGACAAUCAGUCAAGUUUACUCAACGAUGCAAGUUGCUUGUCACUAUCCGCUGGUGAUGCCAGUCAACCCGAAGGUGGAAGUGAUUUUUCUGAGAUAGGUGAUCUUCAGAAGCAGUUCCUGGGAUUUGGUUCGUCUGAACAGUCACAUGAUAUGGAUGAGUUUUAUGGUAGCAGCUCCUUAGACACAAUGGCCCAAAUACCAAACAUUAUCAACUAUCCACCUCUUGAUGCAGAGGAAUUGGAGAGGAGUGGUGAAGAAUUCUCCUUUGGUAGUGACUACAUAGCUGUUAGAGACAUUUGCUCGAGCUCAUUCAAGAACAACCAUUAUUUUGAAGAAGCUGCCAAGGACACGGCCUGUGAUAAUGCAUCUACUUCUACAGGGCUUGAAUGUGACAUCCCGUCCGACACGCCUACUUCAGACCGUCAGCCCUGUGCCAUCCCUGCUCAGAAUAUCACUAAAAUCUCAGGAAAUUCAGUAUCUAUGCACAGACAGGAACUACAAGAUUUACAACCGCCUGAAAAACCUCAACGUCGGAGCUUACAGGCUUUGCUUCAGAAAUCCCAGGAAUACAGACGGCAGCAAAGGAUGCUCAGGAACCAGGCCAAAAACAGCAAGACCCAGGAGAGAUCCAGGGAACUGAGCCACUCGGAUAAAGAGAAUGACCACAUCCUCUAUAAGAAGGCUGUUAGUGAAUGGCGAAAGACUCUCAAAGAGAAGAGAAAGACCCUUCCUUCCUCAAUGACCCUCAAAAAUAAUAAACUGAACAUUACGCCGCUAGGCAUAAAUGAGGACCAACCCAAAACCUCCCUGAUCCAAGAACCAUUUAAGAUGAAGAGUGAACCAAGCGACCCUCACCCGAAAUUCUUUUCCAAAGUUCGGAGGUUUCCUCCUAUUUUGGCCCCCACGUUCUCAAAGAGUGUUGGGGGAUCGGACAUCUUGUGUGAGAAAAUAAGUUUUGACCAGCUCCAGGUUGUUGAUGAAAGCAGCAGGAUGGAACGUGAAAACUCUGAGAACUCUGCAGGUGGAGUGGAAGCCAAUGAAACGCAGCAACUGUCUCAAAGUUCACUGCACACAAACCUAGUAGAGUCUGAGCUGUCUGGUCCAGAGGUUAUUUCUGAUGUAGAAUCCACGGCGGUCACAAACGCUGAAGGUCAAACUGAUGAGUGGCGCAGACCUGGAACCUGUAGCGACUGCGAUGAAGGAAUGGACUCUGGCAGCCAAAACUGUGCAGAGUGGGCCGGGGUGCCAUCAAAAAUUCCAGGAGAACGUCCUUUUAGCAUCGAUGAGGAAUCAAGACAAGAACGAAGGUUUGACAGUGAAGGUGCUUGUGAGUCAUUAAAUGUAUCAGAGCUAUUGCUGGUCAAGAACAUCGCCAAGGAGAGGAAAAAACAACUGACAAAAGUAGGUGCUGGUCUCCACAUCAGCUCCAACCUGCAGCAGCACAAACACAAACUGUCUGCUGCGCAGUGGAAGUGUGUGCCUGAUGUUUUUAGAAAUCCAGUGGAAGUCACUGCUGGAGCACUUUCUGGUGACGAUUACGAUUCCUCCUCGAUGGCCCUCGACCAGUCAUGUGGUGUGAAUAAACCAUCUGAACGAUCGUCCAGAUCUGAUGUGGGAUCCAUCACUCAGCACCGUGAUGAGAUGCACCUGACCCCGGACAGCAGUGCUGGGGUUGAGAGCGGGACGUUGAAGGUGAAACGGAGGCUUCUCAUGAACGAGGCAGAGGAGAUUCAACACAGACGUGCAGAUGCCACUUCUGAGGCUUUUUUGAUGGCCACACCUGAUUUGAACCGAGCUUUGGGAGGAUGUGAGCGUCAGGGGGACCCAAUAGAGCUGCUGAAACAGAUCCACGCUGAGCAGAUCCGAGCCUUGCAGGAUGAGCACAGGAGACAGCAGAGAGACUUACUCCAGGCUUUGACCAUGCGUUGCGGUCUCCCCCGGAGCGUAUCCUUGCCGUGCUCACGUCUUGAGGACAAGGUGACCUCUGCUGCCCACUCUCGGCCGUCCGUCUGUCUCCCGGAGCACCACCGCCCCCUGCUGUUGGCAGCUGUGAAAGGUUUCCUAACUCGCAGGCUUUUCAAAACGGAGCGGGUGGCACAGCUGGUGCGCACCGUUGGGGAUAUGCAGACCUUUCUUCUGGGAUUCCAGCAGCAAAGUUCCUGCAGUGGAGAGGUUUAUAGCAAACAGGACUCUAUAUUACUGGCCAGAGUUGCUCAGCAGCUACAAGCUUUACGCUACGAAGUUUACGACAUAUUCUUUAGCCUGUCGGUCGAGGAGAAGAUGCAGCUGAUCAGCUUGGACAGAGAGCUGCUGAGAGAGAAGCAGUUCAGGCGUCAGGCUGUCCCCACACGUGCUUCUGGAGGGAAGAAGUUUAUUUCGGCUGCUACACGGAAGCAACUGGAGAGGAAGAGGUCAUUCGGCAGCGAGUGUAACCAGGGGAGUGUAUCUACCGGACACAAGAACAGCGACUCCAGCGAGCGACUGCUGAAACCCAAAAGAGGGCAGUUCAGAGUAAAUUCUCAGAGGGACUCCCAAGAACACCAAUUCCUCAAGACUCCGGUGACACUCUGUCUAAUUGGUCCCAGUGAGGAUUCCUAAUAAAGCCGCCGGCAAGGUCAUGAAUAUUGCAGAAGUUAAGAUGAGACACUUUCCCAGACCUGUUUGUACUCAAAGUUUUUACCUUUCGCUGACCAACAUUUUAUUAAACAUCUGUUGAGUUUUUGUUUGUCUUGCAUAACAAGCCUUUACUACUGCUGUUCCUCAGCAGUGAGCCACAGUCAGUUUGAAAUAGAAUUAUUUGCUUUUGACUGUUCUUUUUGUAGAUCUGCACUGUUGUUUUCACAACUGCUUUCCCAAAGGCUGCCUUUAAUAUUUGCCUGUUAUAGACAAGAGUUUUUUUCUUGCUGACUUUUUGUACAAUU